UGUUGUCCGUCUUGUCUGGUCUUUUCUCAGGGUGUAGUCGGUGUACUCGUCCAAUUCAAUUUCUGCUGCAGUCAUAGGAGGAGCAGAGGGAGGUGAAGAGUAGCGCACGAACGUUGAGCAAGGAUGAGAGGAAGGAAAGGAAAGGAAGGGAAGGGAAAGGAAAGGGACGAAGGAAGGGUAGAGCAGAGCACUUAGAUCGGGCGGGUGCAGUGACUAGAUCUAUCGACAGUGGGGUGAGUGUUUGUCAACGCAUUGGUCUUUGACGCAGACAAGGAAAGAGACGGAGGAGGAGGAGGGAAAGAUCGGGCGAUUGAGCGUUGCUCUACUGGAGAGAGAGAGAGAGAGAGAGAGAGAGAGAGUAUUAGAUUGCUGCCUUCCUGCUCUGCUGUUUGCCGCCCGGUGGUUUUGGUCGCAUUAACGUUCUUUUCCGUAAGUGCCGAGGAUUCGAGCAGAGAGAGAGAAGUGUGUGUUUGUGUGCGCUUGGCUUCUGGGAGUUGGCCGAGAGUCGCAGCAUAAAAGAAGAAGAAGCAGACAGCAUCGUUCGAAGUAGAAGGGCGAAGGGCGGUCGGAGUUGACUCGGGAAGUUUGGAUCCCGAUGUUCGAAUGUGGUCAGAGUGUCCGGGUUUUCUUGUUUGAGUGAUGGAUCCAGCCGAUGGAGUUUGAGCGGCCGCGAGGGUGCUUGUAGGCUAGUGAUCCAAGCUGAAGAAGUGGCCGUCGUUUUUUCUCUGGUAUUUCCCCUGGGAUGGGGAACGACAAGGGCAACAACGAGUCGGUGAAGAGCGAGAUGGAGGACGGGGAGGUAGAGCCCAUGACGGACGACGAGAAUGUCGUCGUGGCGGAGAAGAGUGGCGGCGUGAAAGUGAAGAUGGAGGGCGUUGACGAUGGCGAGCGAGAAGGGGUGGGAGAAUCCGGGAACAAGGAGAGGCGCAAGGAAGGCAGCAAGGAUAGAGACGCGGACUCAAAUCAUCGAGCAGAGCAGGAGGUGGUGGUGGUGGUGGGUUCGAAGGGAGGGGCCGCCUGGACCAUGAGCGAGAAAAAAGAAAGCCGAGACGGUCCGGAGGAUGGUGCAGAGCACGACGAGAACGUCGGCGGAAAUGACAGCGAGGAGGAAGAUGGUGCCAACGAGGCCGAAACAGGGGAGCGCUCGGAAGCACAGGAUGUUCAGAACAGUGAUGAAGGCGACGAUGAUGACGAAGACACAGAAACUCCAGACAGAAUUGGAGAGGAGGAUGAGGAGAAAACCAGAGAGGAGGAAGAGAGGAAGGAUGCAGAGAAGGACUUGGCUUUGACCAUGUCAAGCUCAUGGGCUCCUUUGGGCGAUAGGGGAGAAAGAGAAAGGGAAAGGGACAUAGAUGGUGGUAUUCGAUCGUUACCCUUCAAGGUGACAAGCAAGAGUGGCAGAGAGGAGAUGGCCGAGAGGGAAAUUGGAGCGUUCCGGGAGGUGCAAAGUGAGGGAGGGUUCAAGGAGAGAAUCAGAUCAAGAGAGGACGAUGGUGAGCCGAGUAAGGAGAAAUCUCGCCUAAAAAAACAAAGGCUUGAGCCUCUUCUCUCUCUGUCUCUUCCGGACACUUCUCUGCAUCUGGCGUCCCCUGAUGGCCAUGGUGGACGCAGUAGUCAUGGUCACGCGGUGAAAUCCAAGGGCCUGGUUCCAUCCUCGUCCGAGAACGAGAGAAGUUUCAGGUCCUUGGCCCCCACGCAGUCUCAAUCGAAUGGUUACACAAACAGCCUCUCCCUUUCUCUCUCCCACCCAUUCUUUCACAACGCCAGCUGCUCAUUGACUCAAAAUUCUUUUGAUGAUAAGGAAGGCACUACUUGUUCGAGCCGGCAAGUAUCGUUGAAGAAUGAGAGACUGGAGGGCACUCAAGGGUCCCACGCCAGUUGCCAGAUUUCUUACGGACGAGAGCCAUAUUUCCAUGGCGCCCUUUCUGAAGGUUCACAUGACCGGAGCAAACAUCGACGCGAACUCCCCUUGUACCACAGAAUUCUGCAGAAUGGUAGCGCACAGUUUCAAGCCGGCGAGGGCACGAGAGACAGUUCUCGCUCUUUCAUGGAUGAGAGAGGAGGUUCCCUCCUUGGGAAUGAGGGUUCUCACGGCGGAGGUCACAGACCUCAGGAUCAUCACUACCGAUGGAAAGAGGAGGCGAGCCUAACGACCGAGAUGGAGAGGAGCAGAACUGGUCAUGACAGACAUUGGGGCAUACACAGAGAUAAGAAUGAAAGGUUACAGCCCGAAGGAUGGCCGUCGCCCACGAAGGCGUCCAGUGUGCAGGCGCUUCUUGCAGAUCGGGAGAGACGAGACCCUGACGCCGGGCGAGAAUUGAACCUGUCCGGCAGCAGAGGGUAUCAUGAAAGGGACGACGAAUCUACGGGGCCUGACAGAAGCGGUGGCGGGGUCGAAGAAAACCCUCAGGGUUUGCAGCAAACAGUGCGCAUCUGGCUUCACGAGAUUGUGUCGGAUUCAAUUGCCACUAUGGCGCACAAGUUGCAUCGAGUUAACGAGCCUUUUUUGGAGAGUUUGAGGAAAUGCACUCAGGAUAUGCUCACGAGCAAGAGGAGAAAGGAUGACUUUGUCACCCUUCAAAAAAUUCUUCAAAAGAGAAAUGAUCUGUCUAUCGACACUCUGCAUCAGUCCAAUCGGACUCAGCUGGAAAUUUUGGUUGCUUUGAAGACGGGAAUACCAGCAUUCCUGCACCCUGACGUCCCGCUCACGACUGGAGAGUUGACAGAGAUCUUCCUCGGAACGAAAUGUCGGAACGUAGCUUGCAAGAGUCAGCUUCCAGCAGAUGAUUGUGAGUGCAAAGUCUGUUCAGGGAAAUUGGGGUUCUGCAACGCCUGUAUGUGUAUCGUUUGCUCCAAAUUCGACUUCGAUUCAAAUACCUGUAGGUGGAUCGGAUGUGAUUAUUGUCUUCACUGGUGCCACUCCGAAUGUGGAAUUCAAAUGGGUUACAUCUCGUCCGGUAUCAGCUCCCAAGGGACCAGUGACAAUCCAGUUAUGCUCUUUCGUUGUAUAGGAUGCGGACAGACGUCAGAGCUUUACGGCUUUGUCAAAGAAGUCUUUGCAUCUUGUUGCAAGGAGUGGUCUAUAGAGAAACUUGCAGGGGAGCUGGAAUGUGUGAGAAGAAUAUUCCACAGGACUGAGGAUUUGCCUGGGAAACAGCUUUUCUCGAAGGCCGAGCAAUCGCUAGUAAAGCUUCGCAGCUCAAAAGAUUGCGAGGCGGUAUGUGCGAGCAUGAUGAAGUUUUUCAAUGAUCGCGACUUGUCGACUUCUAAAGUUGCGUCGACGAGACCAACAAUGCAGGGAUCUGAGGCCGUCGUUCCACCGCCUCGUGAACUCAACAGCAAACUCGCAGAUGUCGUUAGAGAUGCGAUGAAUGUAAUGAAAGCUCCAAACGCCGAUUAUACUGAAUUGGAGAAUGCCCGACAUGCUCUUCAAGUUCUUGAUACCGAAGUUGAGGAGAAAAGACAGGUGGCUUCGGAAAUACAGUACGAGAGAUACUGCGCUAAGACACGUGUGGAAGAGUUAGAAAAUAUAGUGCUUAUGAAGGAGAACGAGGCUAAUCAUUUUCAACAGAAAGCGGAGGAAUGCCGCCGAGAGGCCGAGGCGCUGACGCAGAUUGUGCAGUUAAAAAACGAAAAGAUUGAGGAAGAGUACCAGAUCAAGCUUAACAAACUCCGCCUGUCUGAGCUUGAGGACAAACGACGCAAGUGGUACGAGGAAGUUCAAGCUAUGGAGAAGUCACAGCGAGAAUAUAGUGCUAUGAAGAUGAGCAUGUUGAUGAUCUUGGACAAGCAUCCGGUUGUGCAAUAAUUGGCCGCAGCUUGUAUCAUGCUCUGGUUUAACAGGUACAAAGGUAGACAGUGUGAUCAAGCGUUUUUUUGUUAGCACAAUAAUCAAUGUGCCGCUCAGUUAGAUUACUCCCAGCUCAUAUAUCAAACACUUGCGGCCAUCCUUUUCCCCGUCGGAGGAUGGGGAAACAUACACAAAGGCCUUGACACAGAGAGAUAGAGAGAGAGAGAGUUGUCAUUUCAGGAGAUCUGUCACUCACUUCUUUGCAACUCACCAGCCAUCUUCACCCAAAGAGUCUUACACGACUGCACUCCUAAGUCGUUCCUCAUUACACAUAUGUGUGCGGUGAUUCGAUAGAUCUGAGCGGGAGUCCUGUAAAGGAAGUUAGGCGUUCCCUUAUGUGGGAUCCAUUAAAAGAACCUUCGAAAUGUGCUAGUUUUAGUGAAGAUGGGUGAAAGGCCUAUUCAAUUUCAUCUGCUUAUUUCGGUGUGUUAUUGAGUGUAUGGCGGGAAAGUCAUGUUCGUUAGAUUCAGGGUUUUAAUCGAUGCCGUCUACAGAAUCAAGUUCAGUGGUUCAGUUCAGCAACGUCUCUGCUGGAAUUGUGGAUUUUCCAAUAUCUUUCAAAAUUUAAACCACAACGUAUAAUACUC